AUGGCCAACAGUUUGCCCAGCGGCGCCCUGCGGCCACCUGUAGCCAUUGGCCCGCUCUUGGACGACGAGCCGGAGCUGUAUCACUUUUCGCCCAAGAAGAGCUUCUUUAGUGGUGGCUGGAGCUUUCCGCCUGUGCAGCCGGAGGAGGAGGAGUCGGAAGGUGAAAACUGGGAGGAACCAAGAGGGCCAGAGCGGAUCUCCUUGAGGGAGCCACAGGUGAACCAAACACCAAGCAGCUUAAAGCCAGCGCUCAGGCAGCCAGCCGCUCCAGUCGCUCUCGCUCCAGCGCUGCUGGCGCCGCCGGCGCCGCAGCGCCUCUCCUCGGCCUCGGUCGCAUGGACGCCCACGGCCGCGGCCACACCGGUCGCCAUCGUGGGAGGGCCAGUGACGCCGGCCACGCCGACGCCGUGCGUGACUUGGCUUGGAAAAGACACGAACUCGUCCAAAGGAAUGAUGCGUGUUGCCAGCUCCACGAUUUAA